AUCCGUUUAAAGCUAUUGGGGCACAGUCGGAAUACUUUACAGUCGAAACUGAAACGUCGUCGAAUUCACAUCAGAGGUAUUACUUAAGCUGCUACGCCAUUUGGUUUAACAGGUAGACCGUCAGGAUGUCUUCAAGUGGAAGUAAUUUAUAUAUAGACGACUUAGUGAACUUUGAUGAACCAACGGUGUCAAAUGAAAAAAGCGAAAUAGCUGAAUUUUUUUCUCAUACUAAUGUUUUGGUAACAGGGGGUACGGGCUUUUUAGGAAAACUACUCAUCGAGAAGUUACUCAGAAGCUGUCCAGAUAUUUUAAGAUUAUAUAUGAUAGUGAGACCGAAAAAGGGGAAAACUGCUUUCGAACGAUAUAAAGAAAGUUUCGAAGAAGUUAUAUACGACAAAUUAAGAUGCGAGCAACCGAAUUUUCUGCAAAAAAUAGUAAUAUUAGAAGGCGAUGCAGCGAAAGAAGAUUAUGGACUUUCGCCAGAAGAUAAGAAGACUUUAAUGAAUGUGAAUAUUAUUUUUCAUGCAGCUGCAGUUGUGCGAUUUGAUGAAAAAAUUCGGGUUGCAGUGAAUAUCAAUGUCAGAAGCACAAAAUUCUUAUUGUCAUUUGCAAAAAAAUUACCAAAUUUUAAGGCUUUUGUGCAUGUAUCAACUGCAUUUUCCAAUUGUGUACGUAAGAAUAUUGAUGAAGUACACUAUACAGAUAUUAUAGAUGCAGAUAAAGUUUUAACAUUGUUGGAUACAUUGGAUGAUGGAAGACUUGAAAAAAUGACCCCUAUAUUGCUUGAUAAAUGGCCAAAUACAUAUGUAUUUACUAAGGCACUAGGAGAAAAUAUGGUAUUAAAGUAUGGUGGUGAUCUACCAGUUUGUAUUGUACGCCCCAGUAUCGUUAUAGCAACUUACAAGGAACCAAUUUCUGCAUGGAUAAAUAAUAUGUAUGGACCCACAGGUGUAGUUAUGGGUAGCGGUAUAGGUUUGUUACAUACAUUGCAUUGUAAAAAAGAAAAUAUAGCAGAUAUCAUACCAGCUGAUUAUGUUAUUUCCAACAUUAUUUCCUCUGCUUGGGAUGUUGCCAAUAGAAAAGUUGCAAUAAAGUCAGACCAAUCUUCUAAUUUACCUGAUGAGGAAAAAAUACCUGUUUAUAAUUCGGUAUCUUCUUGUCAAAAACCAAUUUCUUGGGGUGAAUUUAUGAAGCUUAAUGAAAUUUAUGGAUUAAUAGUACCUAGUACAAAAGUUAUUUGGGUUUAUAGACUGACACUCAAUAGAUAUUUAUUUCUUCACAAUAUCUAUGCUUUCUUAUUGCACAUAAUACCAGCAAUUAUCGUUGAUACAAUGGCUUAUCUCACUGGUCGGACACCUAUAUUAUUAGAUGCAUACAGAAAGAUACAUAAAUUUAGCACUGUGAUACAUUACUUCGCAGUAAAUGAAUGGAAGUUUAAAAAUGACAAUGUUAUAAAACUUUGGAACAAGAUGAAUUCUGCUGAUCGACAAAUUUUCUGCCUUAAUACAGAAUACUUGGACUGGAAGGAAUAUUUCUAUUAUCACAUAAGAGGUGUUCGUAUGUAUUUAUUAAAAGAUCCUAUGGACACAGUAGAACUAGGAAUAGCCAAAUAUAAGAAGUUACGUCUAGCGCACAAUACAAUCAUGUUAACAAUAUCACUAUUACUUUUAUGGUUUGCGAUAUCAUUCAUAAGUUUUCUUUGGUCUUUUUGUCCUUUAUCACACUAAUAAUUAUUGAUAGCAAUAUUGUAGUUCUUUUAUCUACAUUACAUUUGAAACAAUUUUCUAUUAAAGUGUACAUUCCUGUUACAAACAGUUGUUCACUAUUGAACUUAUUUCAUUAUAAUGAUAAUAGAUGUCGCCACAAAGCUAUAUUAUCUUUAUUAAAAUAAAAUGUAUAUAUUCUCUUAUCUUUA